UAGAGAGGUUUCCUUCUUGAAUGUAGAGUCAAAACGAAAGCGAAAGGGCUGGGGAAGUGGGAGGCGACUGCGGCUGGCUCCUCUCCUGGCCACCAGCCCGGGAUGGUCUCGCUUCUGGGACCCCAGUGCGGAUCCUGCCCCGCGGACGGUGGAAGGAGAGGAAGGGGACCUGGGCUCCUCUUCCCCCAUGGCUUCUUCUUGGGGGCUCCGCUGCCUUCUCCUCCUUUGCUCCGGAUCCUCCCUGCUCUCCUCUGCAGCUGCUGCUUCUUCAGCUGCUUCUUCCUGGGAGGAGGGAAAAUGUGGCACACCCAAGCUGGUAGAAAAUGCUCAGAUUCUCAAAAGCAGCAACCCCAUCAUGCUGCGGUACUCCUGCGUAAAGAAUUACAAACGGAAAGCAGGCACAUCCAGCCUCAGUGUUUGCAAGGAGGAUGGUCAAUGGACCGAACCAAACAUUGCCUGUAUUAGAGACCCAACACUACCUACGUCAAGAACUGAAAGCAUGAGGACAGAAGCCAAGACUUCCACUCCAGCAGCACCCAAGAUGACUGACGUAAGCCCAUCUCUAGGCUCCACACAGCCCUAUGGAAGCACAGCCACCUCUCCACCAGCCUUGCACACUUCCAGCGCAUGGCUAGGGACUGCCAAGCCAUCGCCAGAUAGGCCCACCAUGAUGAGAACCACCAUGAAGGUUAGCAGAUGCACCUCUCCCCAUACAGUCACCAAAAGGAUAACACUACCCCAAAGAACUACUACUCCAGUCUUGCAAGCCAGGACUUCUGAGACCCCUAAGGCAGGAAAUGGAUCCACGACUGCGCCACCUGAGACGAGCGCUCCGUGGAAACAAACAGGUUCUGUCAUCACGAUUGGACUACCUAUACUAGCGUUUCUGUUCCUCAUCCUGUUAUUCUUCUGUUACCGAAGGCGAAGGUCUUCUCAGAGAGCAGCGGAUCUUCCCCUUCCAGAAGAAAGUCCAAUGACCGACAUGGCAUCCAUUGAUCCCGAUGAUCCAGGAUCCUCCAACGAAGGCGAUCCAGUCCUACCAUCAAACUCUGCUAUUUCCACUGGUUGAACAAUACCUCAUGGCAAAACAAAACAAAACAAAGACCCUGAGAAAAAUGGAGAUGGGAGAGCAAGUCUAGUGGCAGGCUGCCGAAGACUUGAUGCUCAACACUCGUCGGCUUGAGGAUGAAUGAAGCAUUUAAAAAAUGGGCCUGGAAAUUAAUCCCUGGAUCCUACAACGGCUCUGGCUAGACUUUUUUGUUUCGUUGCUGGGUCGAGAGCAGCUUGGAUGUAACAUUGCAGCAACUCCUUCCCGCCUUGCAUGGUCUCUCAGGCCAUCAUCUUUUAAAGAGUGGCGCAUCUCCAAAAUGGCAGUGAGAGGCAGAGAAAUUGGAAAGAGAGGAAAGACAUGAAAUUAAGAGCACAACUCUCCCAAUUAUUGGGGAGCGGGAGACCAACUUCUCCCAAUUAUUAGAAAAACCAUGCCACCUUGGAAGAGAAGGAGAAGUAAUUGAUCAGUUCCAGAACUGUCUUCUGGAUUUGUUUGGAACCUGGGAGAAAGCGGAGAGGUGCAGUAAGUGUCAAAGUCAUUAGUGAAAACAGAUACCUCAAGACAAAACCAUCAUAUGUUCUGAGAUGAUACCAGUGAGCUAGGAUCGCAAAUUGGAGAAACGAUGGCAACAAUGCAAUAUUGAUUACCGAUGUUGUGUUAAGUUUUCUUGUAUUUUGCAUCAGAACAGCUCUUCCAGGGCAGAGAAGAGGAGGAUAAAAUCCAUUGUGAUGUUUUUUUUCCAUGCAGACAACAUUACUACAGUUUUAACUAUGGGGUAACCAAGGCAUGAGAGCCAGCAUGGUGUUGUGGUCUGAACAUUGGACUAUGACUCUGGAGGUCAGGAUUCAGUUCCCUGUUUGGCCAUGGAAAACUACUGGGUGGCCUUGGGCAAGUCACACACUUAGGGUUGCCAUAAGUCAGAAAUGACUUGGAGGCACACAGCAACAACAACCAAGGUGUAGAGCCCAACCCCAACAGGUUCAGUAUCGUGGGCAUCUCUUUUGAAGUUCAGAGAUACAGAGAGACUGAAAGAGUUAAACCUACCAUGCUGUUUUCCUGUGAGAACAAAACUGAACAGCAGUGGCAACUAAUGGUUUCCAUGUUAGUGCAAUGGUUUGCUGCCUCAUUGAUACGGGUGCCACCAAUCUCUACAGUUGAAAAGAAGGGGCUUCCAGAUACAUUAGAGUCUGCUGGAUCAUCAUUUGUCCCUGCACCCCUUUAUCUGGGAAACAGCAAAGGCAUAUGAUUUCCAUCUUUUGAACUUUCAUAGGAUCAGUAGGUUUUUGACU